CUAACAGCAUACCCCAAGGCGAGCGUCAGAAACUAUCCAGACAGCAGACGUUAAACAGCUACCCAUCUAGAGUUGGUGAUUGCUUCAAAUACAAGAAAAAUUAAACACAUUCAGAUAAAAGACUAGGUGAAGUGAGAUACCUACAUGUAUCUAGGUCGAGUAUAGAAAUUAUACAAAAUCCAUUAUCAAGAUGUCGAGAUACCAGGGAAGACAAAAAGGUCAGAUGCCUGAAGACGAUUAUACGAAGGUACAAGUUAAUUACACUUACCUGUGUGAUCAUAUCCAAGAACCAGUAAAACUUAGCACUAAAUUAUUUGAAAAAAACGUAUUCGGCCAAGAUCAAAAGGAAGAAAUACAGAAAAUUUUCCAGAAGUCUGAAAAUGGUCGCUGGGUAGCUGCUGACAAGUUACUGAUGUAUGUCUUAUCAAACUGUGGUGAUGCCUAUAGUAAAUUUAUCCAAUGUUUACGAGAACUAGGUUAUCGAGAAGUAGUAAAGCUAUUAGAAAACACCACGAAUGGUAAAAAUAAAACCAAUCUGAUGGCAGAACAAGACAAGACAAGACAUCAGCUAGAAGACAUACAUAAAGAUCGCGACCUUACUAAUCAGGAAAUAGAGAACCUGAAGAAACAGAUGGAAACACUGAAAACAAGGCAAGAUGAAGAUUCCAAACAGAUGUUGAAGGACAAGAAAAAGAAAGAACAUGAAUUAGAAACAUAUAAAAAACAAACUGAAGAGAAAGAAGCGCUGACAAAGAAGAGAUUUGAUGAGUUGGAGACAUGUAUUAAAACACUUACCCUAAAUGAGGAAGAUACCAUUCAACCACAAUUAUUACGUGGUACUUUGUCUGGUAAUACAAGUGAUACCUCAGAUGAAGAAGAUACACGUCAACAACAACAAUUAUUUAAAGCCUGUCUACAUGGUACUUUGGAUGAUAUAAAAAACAUGGUGAACAUAGAUAUUAACGUCAGAGACAGUUGGGACCAGACACCGUUAUUUAAAUGUUGUUCAUUAUUUGUAAGUCCUGUAGAUAAAAUACAAUAUCUAGUCAGUCAUCAGGCUGAUAUUAACGCUAGAGACUGGUUUGAUAAUACCAUCUUACACGCGGCAUGUUACAGUGGACCUUUAUCUACAGUACAAUAUCUUGUUGAUGAUUUACACAUGAAUGUUAAUACAACAGGUUAUAACAAAAUUACACCGUUAUAUUAUUGUUGUAUAUCAAGUGUAAGUCCUGUAGAUAAAAUACAAUAUCUAGUCAGUCAUCAGGCUGAUAUUAACGUUAGAGACUGGAAUAAUGAUACCAUUUUAAACUGGGCAUGUGUAGUCGGUACUUUAUCUACAGUACAAUAUCUAGUUGAUUGUUUACAUCUAGAUGUACAUGUCAAGAAUAAAUAUGGUGAAACAGUUCUAGAUCAUAGUAGAGAAUCAGACAUUGAACAAGAUAAAAAGAUAAAAUAUAUCACAGAUCAAAUGAAAUUAAAAUAAAAUAAACAAAUUUUAAUAAUUCAUGUAAACUAGUCAACAUAAUGUUAUUGUCUCUAGUCAUACAAUUUACAGUUUUAUUGUCUCUAGUCAACAGUUAAAACGAGUGAUGACGUAUUAUACUGGCCCUAGUCAACAGUUAAAACUACUGAUGACGUAUCACACUGGCUGUAGUCACACUUAAAACUACUGAUGACGUAUCACACUGUCUGUAGUCAACACUUAAAACUACUGAUGACGUAUUAUACCGUCUGUGUCAACACUUAAAACUACUGAUGACGUAUUACACUGUCUCUAGUCAACAGUUAAAAUUACUGAUGACGUAUUAUACUGUCUCUAUUCAACUGUUAAAACUACUGAUGACGUAUUACACUGUCUCUAGCCAACAGUUAAAACUACUGAUGACGUAUCACACUGUCUGUAGUAAACACUUAAAACUACUGAUGACGUAUUACCCUGUCUCUAGUCAACAGUUAAAACUACUGAUGACGUAUUACACUGUAUGUAGUCAACAGUUAAAACUACUGAUGACGUAUUUGUACUUUAUCUACAGGACUAAUACUGUGUUUAUAUUUAUUGUUUAUUUUAUUGUCUUCAAUAUUUUAUUAUAUAUAUUUAUUUUUAUAAAACUU